UACAGCUGUAGAGCGGAUUAGGUGGUAUUCCAAGUUUGCGUUCAGUCAUUCCAGUACCGUUCCAUGUUGUGGCUAGGUUAGGUUAGGUUCUGCCGAAAUUUUCACGUGGACUUGUGUAUUUUGUGUAAAUUCAAACACCAGGUUUCGUGUUGAGUGAAAAAGUGUUGGAAAUAUUGAUUCCACCGCGGCAAUCAGUAAAAUCUGUGGUUGCAUUUCAAGAUUCCAGACUGGCCAACUCGCUGCUAGUCUCCGGUCAAGCGGCUCUUAACGAGCUGGAGGCCUGGCUCAUCUACCAAUGGAUCCCUAAACACAACCUGCCUUGUUUCUGUUCUUUUUUCUGCUGACGUUUUUCAUUCUCUCGAUUGGGCCUUUGAUGUCUUCAGUCAUGUCCGAAAGCUUCAAAGCACGUGACAUCGGGCUUCGUGCGCAAAAGAAGAUCCUUGGGCGUAUGGCGGCCAACAAGAACACCCGCAAGAUUUUCAUUGACGACAACACUGCCAGCCUCCUGGACAACCUAUUCAAAAUGAUUCGGUUAUAUACUGAUAACAAGAAGGAGGCGGAAAAGCUGGUGAAGCACAUCAUCAAGACAGUGAUCAAGAUCGGCGUGCUCUACCGGAAUGAUGAGCUGAAUGCCGCCGAUAUGGCAUGUGCCGAAAGAUUCAAGAACAAAUUCCAUGCGGCCGCCAUGGCAGUUCUUAGUUUCCACGAGGUGGAUUUCACGUACGACCGACAAUAUCUUCUAUCUGCCCUGCAAGAGGCCCACGCCAACCUUCGCCAACUCGUCCAGAACCACUUGAAGGAGAAAUCGCUACAGCGAAUAGACUCUGUGUUCUUGUUCUUUACCAAUCCAAAUUUUCUGGAUGCGGUUUUCCAGCGCAACUCGGAGUACAAGGAGAUCCUCGAUAAGAUGGUCGAGGACAUCAAUUAUGCCAUGGACGAGAAGCACUUGUAAACCUCCCACCGUAUUUGAUAUUUCGGAAUUGUUCCGACAACUUUUUAAAAUAUUUAUUUACAUACUGUUGUUUUUGUAUUUGUCUAAUCUAGGCAAUCAUUUCUUUUCAUCUGCUAUAUUUUUUAUAGCACCCUAUUCUAAUAAUGGGGCUUCAGGGAAAUUGGAGAAAGUUCCUGCUGUCACAUUGGCACUGAGAUAUUGGAUUGGUUCCUUGCAAAUUAAAGAUAUUAAAAAGUCUUAUUAUAGUACUGGCUAUUGCCUUGUUUAUUUGUACUGUAUUAGAUUAUGGCAAACAGAGCGUUUUAAAACAUAGAAAAUAUUAAUCCGUAAGAAAGAUUGUUCCAUAACUUCAAUCUCAUAUUUGGUUGACAAGAGCUUUAAAAUAUUUUGAAAAGUAAAUUUACAUUUCCAUCAUAUUAUUAGGAUCAUUUACAUUCUUCACUGACAUUUUUAUUUUACACAUUUUACUUACAGAAAGUGCAUACAAAUGUAUAUGAAAAUUUAACAAUGUUGAAUUUAUAACCAUAGUAAACUACAUUAAUAAAUGUAGAAAGAGAUUCACAGAUUUUGAGUUCACUGAUUCUUAUUGCAGAAGCAGUCAACUAAAUACUGAGUUGAAAUUCCAAAACUGAUCAAACUUUUCUGUACCGAUCUAAUUAAACAAGUGAAUGAAAUCUUGAAUCUAAACGUAACAUUUUCGAAGGACUAAUAAUGUACAGUUGUAUACAUUCCAAUACGGGUUUGAUAUAUUUAUAAAGUAAUUUUAUGUAUUUGUACUGUAUAAAAAUUAUAUGUAAUUAUAAUUUAUACUUGUUAUGUAAUUAUAAAGCCUUGGAAAGUGCUUGGAUGUAAAAUAUAAUUAUUACAAAGAAUUAACUGCAAGAAAUUUGAACGUUCUGCCUCUGCUGUCUGUGCUCACAGCCAAUGUUCAUCAUUUAAGCAAUGAAUAAAAUUAGAAGUUUUUAGUGAAUUAUGUUAUUGUGUUAUAAAAGCACUUGUUUUACAAGUUUUGUUGUAUUCCUCACUUUAAGUUUUUCAAUUAACUUUGUCAUACUGUAGUAUGCCAAAUUUGAUACAACUCUUGCCUUUAUACAAAGUGGUCUUGCCAAAGUCAUUGUAAACUCUACCCCACAGCUUGCCACUUACCAUUUGUUUCCUGAUUCCUAAGUUCCGUACUAUAUUGUCACAUCUUUCUUCGUUCCUGAACAACUGAGUGAUCGUUAUAUGUAAACUGUACUCGUGGCUGUAUUACGCUCUCUUGUUUCAUAUGUGUGUUGUCUAUGGUUUACAACCAAUUUUUUGUGUAUUUGUAUUUUGUAAUAUUCAUCACGUGAACAGUCUGUAUAGCUGUAUAUAGUGUUGUAUAUUUUUGUAUAUUUGUAUUGUUAAAUUUAAAGAAUUUUGAUUUAGGUAGUUUUAGUUCCUUUGAAAGGUGUAAUAACAUAUUAAUAAAGCAGAAAUCAUUUCAGGUGUAAAUUUUUCAUCCAUUGAAUGGCUCAGAUCAGAAGAUUAAGAAAUCGACAUGGCUUCACUGGAGAAUGUUUUAAUUUGCAUGAAUUUCAUAACCUCUGGAGUUAAUUAAUUGCAAGAACUGUUUAAUUAAUGACCUGGGUAGCCUUUCAAUUCUUGAUUUCUUACCCAAAAACAUUAUAAUCUUAGGGAUGAUUUAUAAUUUUUCAGUAAUUUAUUCAAUUAUAAUAAAUUAUGUAAGGCUUCAUUUAAUUAUUAGAACCCCACAUAUUUUAAGUUUUUUUAUUUAAGGGAAGUCAUACGUCAUUAGAAUAAUAACGUAUUGAAAAUUAUCUACAUGAAGAUUGAAACGGAAUCUCUGAACAGUGGAUCUACAGUGGAAAAAUCUAAAAUGAAAUGCAAUGUCAAAAUCCGACAGCCAGACAACCUCCUUAGUUCACCAGGAAUGGAAAGUUAAAGUUCCUUCAAAUCUAUCAGUGUAUAGGCUAUACAUUGACAAUCAAAAACUAAUUCUGCCAAUUUUAAUUUAUAAAUAUUUUACUUCACAAAUAUUGGUGGAUUUAGAAAGUAUAAAUAUACACAGAAUAAUUAAUUCUAUAAUUAUUUAAUUUUACACACAUUUCAAAAUCAGUUCCGUACAAUGUGGUUUUGGUGGAUCUGGAGAGGGUCCACUCAUCGGAGAGCUCAAAUUGGUGUAUAUUUUUUCAAUAAAACAAAUUUAUAUAUAUACUUAGCACAUAAUAUGAUUUGAAAUAUCUUCCUAUAAAAUUCCGUUAUUCCUUCUUUUAAUGUUUGUAGAUUUUUAUAUUCUUGAAAUUUCAAUCCCCAUGUACUGGUAAUAUAUUUUUUUAUCUACAGGUAUUUCCUUCUUUUCAUCUAUUUUCCUGAUUGAAAUAAUAAGUUUGGUGUAUAAAAUUUUCUCUUUUUACAAAAAUAUUUUUCGUAUCUUUGGAAAUUCAUGGUACAGAGGAGAAGCUGAAUUGGCAUAAAAUGUCGAGUAGAACAGUGUAACCCAUUAGUUUGUCCAUUUAAUAAAAUUUCAUUUAUUACAUAAUCAUACCAAAAAGUUUGUUUUAAUAAUCUGAACAACUUAACAAACUAGAAUAGUAAAAUAAGUAAUAUUUUGUGAUUUGAAAUGACGGAUUACACAAAUUUAAUCUCCCUUUAUUUUAGCAUAAGGGCAGUCAUGCAUUUAUGAAGCCAUGUCUGUUUCAAUUAGUCAUCUGAUGAAUCAUCAACAAUUAUCAUAAUGAUUAAUUAAACAUAUCAUUUGGUGACAAGUAAGGAAUAAAUAACAUUGUGGUUUAUUAGUCUUACUCAUUGUAACAAUAUUAACGGUUAUCAAAGUUAAUGUAGCAAUAAGUUCCAAUGUUUAUAUUUAAACACUGUGUUGUUCUUUUAAGAGAUUUUAAAGUAGCCAAUUAAAUAUUCAUAAUAAUUUAUUGUUGAUAUUAAUAUUAUAUCGUGCUGUCAAACUAUUUAAUUUUGUUAAAUUUCAGUUCCAUAAAAGUCGCAAUUAGGGUUCCUAAUUCAGAACUCUUUUAACUAUAAAACCUAAUCUAAUUAAUAAAUGUAUAUUAAAAUUACAAAAGUAGAAAUGUUCUUUAAAGCUUUCACAAGAUUAAGACUGUUAUUUGAAUCAUUAAAUUUUAUUAUAUCAGUGAAAACCUUCUGCUUUCUUCUUAAAUGGGUGUAUUACCAUUUUGAGGUAUACCAAUGGAAAACUACUAUCUCAUUAAAACUUUCUAGAUAAAUACAAUGCUUAACUAAUUAUUUUUAUUUGAUAUUUUCUUAUCGACUUAAAGAAGUUCUGAAUUAUAUUGUAGUGAUAUCUCAUAUAUGAAAUUAUCAACCAACGGUUUAUAUAUAAAGUAAGCUCAAGGGGCUUUAAGUCCCUACUCCAAAUUUAUAAGAGCAAAUAUUCAAAUUUCUAUUGAAGUUUUUAUUGUAAAUUAGCUAUAACAGUGAACUUUGCUCUUGCUACUCAGUGUUUCUGCUAACAGACUCUCAUUUCAAUCAAUAACUGAUAUUUCCAUUAAAAAUAUUGGUUAUUUACAAUAGUUUUUUUAAUUUUAAUACCAAAAACCAUCAAUUAUUAAAGGUUAUGAUUUUAAUUACUUUAGCUUUAUAAUUGCAGGAGUACUCAGUGAUCAUUUCAGUUCAAAGAAUUAUCUCAAAAUUACUUUGCAAAAAGCUUGAAUAUUAGGGAUUAACAUUAAAGUACUUCAGAAGAUUUAAACUUGUAGGUUUGUAAUGUAUUGAAUUAUUUAUGACAAUGUGCCUAAUUUUUGCCCUACAUGCAACAUUUAUAGGUGCAAACAUUGAUAUACCCUUGAGUUAAAAACCAGCUCAAGAUGCUUAAAAAACAGCUUACAUUUUUCUGGGAAAUGAUCCUAGGAUAUUUAUGUUGCAGUUGGGGGUAGGUAUUCCAAAUUUGUAUGAGUCAGCCUCAUCCAAAUAAUUUUUUAUAAACACCACUGAUGUAAAUUUUCUCUGAAAUUCAGAUAUGUCAAGUGUUAGUUUAUAUAACUAAGAUACGGUGUCAGAGUAGUGAAAUGGUCUAAAGGUUACCCCAAGGUUGUGGGGAGUAAUGGCUAAGAGCAGCAAGCGAUUGAUCCCUGCUCCUGGCACUUACUUUUUUGGUACUACUAAAAUAUGACCAUAAAAUUAGCAUUCAUUACAUUAAAAAAUAGUCAAACUAUAUCAAUAAAUGAGGUAUCACAACACUGUACUUUUCUCGAUGGGUUAACAUAUACAUGAAUGAAAUUAUUGUGAAAUAAAUUAUUUUUUACUGUUUUUAUUUUAUUUUGUCAAUAUUUCUUGAAAUAAACUUAGACGGAGCCUUAUAUUUUUAAAAAGCUCAUCUCAGGAAAGAAUUUCCAAAGUAGCUAAUAACAGAAUAACUACAUUUUAAAAUUUUAUAAAUUUACUCAAACAAUUCAUAUGACAUUAUUUUUUAACUUUAACUAUUUUUAAACACAAUGCUGCCAUAAACAUUUCUAUAUUUUUACUCAUAGUAUGUAAGACAGUAUAAUGAACAACAUAUGUUGAAUUUAUCAGAUUUACAUUUUCAAAAUAGCAUGACUUAGGUUUAUAAAGAAAUUACCUUAAGUUUGUCGCAUUACAAGUAAUAGUUAUUAAUUUAGGGUGAUAGUAAACACAUAAAAGUCAUUAGGUUAUUGUGUGGUAACAUUUCAAAUAUAUUGAUAUAGGUGUUGAUUUUUGAUAAGACAUUAAAAGAUUUUAUUUUAUCUACACCGUAGUCAGUAUGUUAUUCCAGUCAAGAAUUUAGGUUAUUUUGUUGCGUUAUUAAUGCACUGUGAUGAGUUAGGUAAUAGAUUGAGUUGCUUCUUGCAAGAAUCAUAUAUUUCUAAGUAAUUUACAUUGCUGUAUUUUGGAUAAUGUACUUGUAUAUGUUGUAUGUGUAGUAAAAUAUAGUUUUGUAUUGGUUUUUACACAUACACAAAGAGAUGUCUGUGAUUUUGAAUUUUUAUUGCUUAUUGUGUGUCCUAUCUUAAACGAUAAUAUGGUAAUGUAUUCAGCAAUACAUAUAUUUCUAAAGUUG